CUUCCCUCCCCACACACCACACAUCCCCACCAACUAGAACUGAACCACCACCAAUCAUGCCGGCGAACGACGAGGAGAACAGCCGGGGGACCGUCCUCCUCCUCUACGGAGCCCUCGAAGCCCGCGACCCCGAGCUCGUGCAGCAGCUCCUCGCCCCCAAUCUCGACUGGCGCUUCCAUGGCCCCCGCUCCCACCAGCACAUGAAACGCCUCCUCACCGGCGAGCACGACAGGUUUCAAUUCCUCAUCCAGUCCAUCGAACUCGUGGGGACGAUAGUCAUAGCCGAGGGGACGGAUCGCGCCGGCGACGUGUUUUGGGUCCAUGCUUGGACGGUUUCCGACGGGGUGAUAACUCAGCUGCGUGAGUAUUUCAAUACCUCCGUCACCGUUAGGAGUCUCGGAGGCCGCUGCGGUUCCGUGUGGCGGAGCAGGAUUCCGGAGAGCGUUGGGAAGAGAUUGCCAUCUCUUGUUCUCCCCAUCUGA